GUUUCUGGACGUAUACAGCCCCGACAUCACCUGCAACUUGGGGCGCACUUUAGAAAUCAACAUGGCAGCGCCCAGAAGUUCAAAAAAACACGAGCAUGAAAAUAAAGCGAAGUUGACAGACUUAAUCGAUGAUGAUGUGAAGGAGAUAGCAUCGCUUCCCCAAGAAAUACAUGAUUUCAUUAAGAUGCAUCCAUCUUUGAAUUAUAUUGGGUCACAAAAGGUACGAUGCACUUUAACGGGUCAUGAAAUGCCCUGUAAGAUGUCAGCUAUGGAGAGCUACACACAGGGCAGGAGAUACCAGCGGUUACGAGAGCUCAGCCACUGUGACGUGGAGAAAUACAGACCCCACAUUAUACCCAGCAAGAAAAAGGGGCGUGGCCACCAGCUCUUCUGCACACUGACACUGCGUCACAUCAGCCGAGAACCCGCUGAUAUAGAAAGACACAUGAAAGGCAAAAGAUAUACCAGGGCUUUUGCAAAAUACGAGGAGUCUCAGCGUCUAGGCGUGCCAUUCAAACCACACUGUAGAAUCCCUCGCAAGGACAAACAAGGAUGGGACUCGAACCAGGAACGGAGGAAGGACAGCACCACAGACUCUGAGGCCUCUGAAGCUGAGACUGAUGACAGCAUGUCAGAUCUCUAUCCAGCGGAGGAUUUUGAGGGUGACCCUUCAGGAGAAGCUGAAAGAUUAGAAGAUGACAUUGAAAACAUGGUGGUUGCUGAUGCUGAGAAUCCAAAAGGAAGAGUGUCAGAUGGCAAAAAGCGAAAGAACACAGAUGUUUCUAAACAGACUAAAGUGAAGAAGCCAAAACAGCUCUUGUCAAAAACCUAAUCCUCUGACGAUGUCUAAGCACACAUGGUGAAUGUUACAACAGGAUUUCAGAUAUUCUACAUAUAGCAUGAUAACAAGAUACAUGGACACAGAUGUACCGUACCUGAGCAGAUAGGAUCAAGGUCUGACCAUGUCCUGUUUGGGUGGUGUAAGCUUGGUCCUGAACAUUCCCUCCAGGUCUUGCCAAGGAUACGAUAGCCCGCAUCACAGCGGUAGUCCACUACCUCCCCAAGCCUGUAAGUCCUAUUCGCCAUGUUACUUUGUAGAUGGCUGAUCUCAGCUUCACUCUCCAAAAGCGAUGGGCACAUCACCUCUACAAAAUACAUAAGCACAAGUAAUUUGAGGUGUUUUUUUCUUGGCAUGGUCUUACGCUUUACAAUUGAAAACCUUUUGCAGAAUUGUAAUAAAGUCAUUGAAAGUCAA